AUGUCUCCCUCUGCCUCCAUUGCUGUUGCACGUGUUUUGUCAUUUUCCACCGCCGUGAAACAAAACCACCUGAAACGCAAAUGCAACGAUGAUGAUGAAAUCACUCAAGAAAAAGCUGUACUUAUGGCUAUGCAUGAAGAAGAACACGACGAGGACGAGCACACUCUGUCUUGGGAGGCACUAAGCCUUCUUGGCCUUUACAUGGAGCCCGAGACUCUCGCCAUCGCCUCCUGCGUCUCAACCACGUGGCUAAAGUGUUUCUCGUCGGAGAAUCUAUGGAAGUCUCUCAUAACCGCACGGUCUGCACAACCAUCUUCUCCCUACGAGUUUGCCUUGGAAAACACGCCAGUCAUCUCCUACAAACACCUCGUCUCCACCGUUGAAUCGGACGUGAAACGCCGCCGCAAGAAUCAACUGCCCGCUGAAAUCAAGAUCUUCCUGUCGGAUCUCAGUUUCAUUGUCCACGUGUCAACGGAAACAAAGAAAGCAUCGGUUCUCAAAAAAGGGAAAGACCUCGAGUUUGGUCCAAACAACAAGUUCAAGAUCGAAGUCGACGUGAGCAGUUCCGGGAUCAGUGCCGGUGAGAAGAGCGUGAGGAUGACAUGGCAAGUCGUGUACAAAAACUGGGAGAAGUUCUUGACGAUAACGGAUGAUACAACUACGAGAUCCUUAGACAGAAACUACGGGUGGUUCACCGACAAACUCGAGGACAAAGAUAACCGCAAGCUACUUGGCGACGUCAAGCCUAGUUUUAAAGGUGGUGUUUUUGACAAGAUUGGAUUUGCGAUCGUUGACUCCGACGGCUAUGGAAAUCUGUUAGUUGAUGGUUUUUUGAGAUAUCUUCAGCGGUUUUUCUUGGAAUAAUCUCCAUUGAUCGAUCGGUUUAAGAAACAAGUACUACUCUCUUUGCAAGUAACCUAGAAAGUUUUUUUUUCUUUUCUGGUUGUAACCUAGAAGUUGUUUAAUGGUAUUCCCUCCUUUUCUAUGUACUGUAAUUAAAUUCAAUAAACUAUUUUUACCAAAA